AGUGGCCUUGGUGUGGGCGGAGCGGGUGCGGGAAUGCGGCUGGUGGUGACCGGUAGACAGACAUUACGGACAGCGGCCUCUCCCGGGAUGAUGACGUGUCUGGGGGAUGUUGGGGGUUGUAGUCGGUGAUCGGAGGGCGGAGAUUAGAUCCUCUCAUGGAUUUCGAUGGCAGAGUGUGGCCGCUGGCGGGCGGCUUCGGUCGGUACACCCGGGUGGUGGCCGCCGUCUCCUGGAUCCCCAACGUGCUCCUCGCCCUCUCCUUCUCCUCCUCCAUCCUGAGCGGAGGGGGUCCGGGGUGCCAGAGAGAGGAGUGCGGGAACCGGACCGAGAAUUACACCGACACCUGCUGGCUGGAGGAGACCAUCGUCACCCAGUGGGACCUCGUAUGUGACGAUGGAUGGAAGGUGCCGCUGGCGCAGAUCUGCUACCUGUCCGGCUGGCUGUUUGGUUGCAUCGUAUUUGGCUGCAUCUGUGACAGGUUUGGACGGCGCAAUGCGUUUAUUAGCGCCCUGGUGGUGGCGCUGCCCCUUGGAGUGGCCUUAUGUUUUUCCCCGGGAUUCCUCAGCUUCCUCCCCCUCCAGGCCGGCUUCGGAGCAGGUCUGGCUGGAAUCUUCCUGUCGCUGUACAUAGCCAGGCUGGAGCUUUGCCCGCCGAGUCGCCGACUUAUGAUAACGAUGAUUGCCGGCUUCUUCUGGCUGAGCGGAGAACUACUGCUGCCUGGCCUGGCUGUUCUGUGUAGUGACUGGAAGAUCCUGCAGGGGGCGAUAACUGGCCUUUUAGCCUUAUUAAUGAGCUAUUGGUGCUUCAGGUCGCUCUUCCCAGAAUCCCCCCGCUGGCUCCUGGCCACACAGCAGGCCAAUCAGCUGAAAGCGGAGCUGUAUGGUUUCUCCAGAGCGAAUGGCGUGGACACGCGGGAGGACCUGUCUGGUCGGGACAGUCUGUUUUCAGAAAUCGACUCGCUGUGGGAGGGGUUUCCCCGGCCGCGGUAUUACAGCAUUUGCAGCAUCUUUAAGACGCGCCUUAUUUGGAAGAACGCUCUGAUUCUGGGAUUCGCCACGUUCAUUGGCUGUGGUAUCAGGCCGUGCUUUGCUGAGAACCUCAUGGUCCUGGGGGGGUCCGUCCCGUACUUUCUGCAGGUUGGCAGCGCGGCUCUGGCCUGUAUAUUCCUCUGUAUCACUGUCAACCACUGGGGGCGCCGUGCCGUUCUCCUGCUCUGCACCAUAAUGACCGGGCUCUGCUCUCUGCUGCUCCUGGCGCUCACACAGUAUCUCUUCUCCGGAGCCUCUAUAGCCAUCUCUGUCCUCGGCUCCCUCUGUGCCCACGCUGUGGUGAUGCUGAGCGUCUUCUAUGCCAGCGAAGUGCUGCCAACGGUCAUCCGGGGUUCCGGCCUCGGUCUGAUCCUGGGAAUCAGCAUGUUGGGUCGAGCCGCCCUCCCCAUCAUCAUCCUCCAGCAGAAAUCCGGUUUCUUCCUGUUCCAUGUCGUCCUCUCCUCUUUCUGUAUCCUGUCCGUCCUCAGCCUCCUUCUGCUGCCCGAGACCAAAAGGAAGAGCCUCCCUGACACCCUGAGACAAGGAGACAGCCUGCGCCGCCCGCCGCUGCUCCUCCAGACCACCCAGGACGCCGUCCCUCUCCUGACCCCGGACAAACCCCGCAUGGACUACAAUCCCGAGAGCUACGCCCGCCUUGCCAGCUCUACCAAGAAAAUAAUUAGAACUGGAUCCAGAUGUGGAGAGGAUAACCAAGCGAUGACCGGCGAAUGAUUGGGCCGUAUCCAUGGAUACGAUGCGGGCGCCGUGCAAUAAAGAGCGCCACCUCUUCUGUUCCGCAAUGGAAGCGGAGGCAACAUUGUGGCACAAUGAUUUUUUUAUUUUUAUUUUUUAUGCACAAAAUGCAGAAAUUGUUUUAGCGAGAAAGAAAAAUCUUCCACGUAGCGUCACAAUGCGCUUGUAACCGUCCCAGAAUCCUCUGCUUCCGUCACUAUCUGCUCUGCAAGUAAGAUGCAGACCCCAAAUUCAUCAGCUGAGAAAAAAAUCUGAUCUUUCUUAUUCUGUAUUAAAGUGGUGGUAAAGUCUUCGGCAUUUCUUGGUGAAAAGUGUUUCGGUAUUUUGCUCGCAAUCCGAGGUUUUACUGCACUUUAAAUCUUAGUCUUGACUGUGUUGUGUGUUUUUCUUUUUGUGCAGACCUGAGCCCAGCUCCCUGCAUUGGGAGGACACAACCUUCCCGGCGACUCAUCUAGGCCAGCAAUAAAUUAUUUAUGAAAGGAA